AUGGGAAAUGUCUCUUUUUAUCUCCAGUCCAUUGUAGGAUCACAAAGAAUAUUGACUAGGGGUUUAGAAAUUAGGGACUCCGAGUACUAUAAAGACCCACAUCCCCUUUCCACUUGCAUGGUUCCCAACACCUUCACUCGCUCUCUCUUCGUCGUCCCCAACACCUUCACUCGCUGUCUCUUCGUCGUCUGGAUGGCAUUUUUCCCCGACGGAGAAUUCUCCUCGCUGUUCUUCGCAAAAUGUGCUGUGCUCGCAUUUUCAAGCCUACCCCAGUCAGAACCACUCAGGCGCCAAUAUCCGCUCAUGCUCGUUAUGUUAUACUCCCUCUACGUCGUCUCCUUUUGUGUUCAUUGUCAGCGAAAUGAGUAUUCAACACAACACCUUGUCGCCAUGGCUUCGCUGACACAUCCACUGGCCCUUAAUUCUUUCCUGGUCGCAAUCAGCAUCUUUAACGAGCUUGAAGACUUGGGGCAAUGGGGGAGGUUCAUCGCAAGCUACAGGAAUUCAGCCGCUGGGGUCCAUUUAUUUCUGUCGGGUUGUGAAACGUCCCCGGGGCCCUACGGGCAUUGUGACUGCUCGAGAUGCCAGUUGCGCCUCUUGAAAGCUUCCCCAGAUGACGAUGUGCGUAGCUCGGACCGCUAUAUUUUCCGAUGGGCGGACUUCCAGUAG